CUGCCUGCCAAACAUACCGCAGGCAGCAUCACCAUAAGAGUGGAAAGACACUGGAGUCCCAAAAAUCCAACCUGGGCCACAACUGAGUGUCUAGCAACAGCAGUCUGCAUGAAGCACAGGUGUGGAUCAAGGAAUAUAUAGUAACUUGAAAAAGAAGUCUGUAAUACACAGUCCAAGAGACAAAAAGAUCAAUUGUUAAAGCAGACAUGCCUCAUUUCUUGGACUGGUUUGUACCAGUGUAUCUGAUGAUCUCCAUUCUCAUCUUGGUGGGCUUUGGAGCUUGCAUAUACUACUUUGAGCCAGGGCUACAGGAGGCACACAAAUGGCGGACCCAGAGGCCAAUCAUGGAUCGAGAUCUUCGGAAAACCUUGAUGAUACGAGAUAACCUUGCAUUUGGGGUCCCUGAAGUCUAGUGCUCUGCUCACUCAGACCUGUGAAAGUACCUACAACAAAGUCAUUUUUCUGGUUGAAGUAACAAAAUACUCUGUGAUUUGCCUAGAUCAGUUUCUGGCUGCAAGUAACAUGAUUGAUCCAUAAUUUCAUCUUUGAGAAGAAGGGUCU